AUGCCUAAGCAGCUCUCCGAGACGGCGAGAGAGCGAGAGUUCUACAAGUACUUGUCGCCGCAGACAUGCGGGAGCUACCCGUGGGUAGUCGCUGGCAGCGUCGCCGAAUCCUCCCACGAUACCUCUCUUACUGCCUUUGCUCAGCUCGGAGCUCUGCGCCUGAACGCAAAGCGAUGCAUCAUAUCCCUCUUCGACCGUACACAGCAAUUCGUCAUUGCCGAAGCUACACAAACCCUAUCGCUUCAGAGCGACCUGGUACACGAUGCAGGAGACGCCCUCUGGCUGGGCACUACCGUGCUACCAAAGGAGUCGGGAAUCUGCCAACUAGUUGUCGAUAUGCCCUCCAACGCUCCUUGUCCAGACGAUCCGGACUCGAGGGGUGUCAUCGUUGUGCCAGACCUUGCAGAGGAUGACCGCUUCGCCAACAUGCCCUUCGUUGUCAAGAAGCCAUUCACUCGGUUCUACGCCGGCGUGCCAAUCUGCAGCCCCAAAGGUGCACACAUCGGAUCAUACUGCGUCAUGCAUGACGUCCCACGGGAGGACAUCGGCCCGGAGCAUUGCCAAUUCAUGAAGGACAUGGCUAUCACGGUCAUGGCACAUCUGGAGUUGGCACGCUCGCGAGAAGAACAUAGGAGGGGGGAGAGACUAGUGAGAGGCCUCGGAAGCUUUGUGGAAGGAAAAUCAACACUCCGAAACUGGCGUGGAGGAGCGACAGUAGCAGACCGGACGUAUGAGCCUUCUCGCGUUGACUUUGGCGGAGAAGGUCAAUUGAACGUGCAACAGCAAGAUCUACAAAAGGCUCAAGAUGAGAUCGUCAUCAGCCUGGACCGCUCCAGUGCGAGUCAUGGGUCUGUUACGACCGAUGCCCCACACUUUCAGAGCAUAUCAACACAAUCCACCGCAGGGAGUGUAUCUGAGCAGCCGUUGCCGCUUGAACAAACGCCCUCUCCAUAUCUUACCCCCGCAUCGACUCCCCCUCACAGCCCCUCGCCAGAACACACGCUGCGGGGCUUGUCUCGUCAUUCUACAUCGACUAGCCGACAACCGAGCGUGGAUUUGCAAGAAAGCAUGCUUUCGCUCAAUGUAAAGCAGACCUUUUCAAGAGCAGCCAACAUCAUCAGAGAAUCUAUGGAAGUUGAAGGGGCGAUUUUCCUGGAUGCCAGCAUUGGGUCGUUUGGGGGUAUGGUCUCCGGCGUUAGCAGUGCGUCAGAGACUUCAGCUUCGCCUGCUCCGUCAUCCGGCGGAGAAAGUGACAAGUCUCUAGAAGAAAGGAUGAGCGGUAUUCUGGGCUUCUCGACCACUAACAAUUCAAGCAUCAAUGGCGACUUUACCUCGCAGAACGCGUUGCCAAUCCCGGAAAAGUUUUUGAAGGGCUUACUGCGCAGGCAUCCGAAAGGGAAGAUUUACUACUUUGACGAGGAAGGCCACAUUUCUUCGUCAGACUCAUCAGGCGAAGACAGCUCUAAGCGAGUUGGUCGAAGCGGGUUCAAGUCUACCGACAGAUCCAGUCAUGGUAGUUCAGCAAAGAGAAAGAAGGCCCGCAAGCGGUUUUCGAAGUUCUGCGAAGCAGAAACUCUCAUCAAGACGUUUCCAGGAGCCAGAUGUAUUGCUUUGAUUCCCUUAUGGGAUAACCACAGAGAGCGGUGGUUUUCAGGCGGCAUUGUAUGGACUAACACACCGAAACGAGUAUUCACAUCUGAAGGCGAGCUCAGUUACUUGUCAGCGUUCAGUUCAAUCAUUAUGGCUGAGGUAGCACGUCUGGAUGCUUCCACGUCCGACAAAGCGAAAACAGAUCUGCUGGGAUCUAUCUCCCACGAACUCCGCUCACCACUCCAUGGCAUCUUAGGAAGCGUUGAGAUGCUGGAAGAUUCGGCUGUGACGGCGUUUCAGGGAAAUAUGGUACAUACAAUAGAAACCUGUGGGCGAACGCUGCUUGACACCGUUGAUCAUCUACUCGAUUUCACCAAAAUCAACCACUUCAUGGAGGUUUCGAAGAGACGUAGGACACACGGAUCCCACAACAAUACCCAAUCAGCUCCGAGAUCAAAAAUUGGAAGCGACAUGAUGGCCAUGAGUGCUAGGGUACAACUAGACGUCAUCACCGAGGAGGUGGUUGCUGCCGUCUCUGCAGGCUAUGACACUCAGAAACGUGCGAAGGCCAAUUCGAGCCCGCAGAAGAAAAAGCCGAAGCUGCGCCAUGCUAACAACAGUGCUUCCAGGCCCCAUGAUGCAUCCUACUCGUCUGAUCGAUAUGGCGAUGCGCAGAUCAACACCGAGCUGAGAGAGUAUAACCUAGGUGGUGUCAUUGUAAUACUCGACAUCGACAAAGACGUUGAUUGGGCCUUCAGCACCCAGGCUGGAGCAUGGAGACGAAUAGUGAUGAACCUGUUUGCAAAUUCUCUCAAGUACACUGCUCGUGGAUACAUCCGUGUAUCUCUCAAAGCUAAGCCGCUGCCAAUGAGACAUGGGGUAUCACGCUCAAAGAUAACCUUAGUUGUCACCGACUCAGGCAAAGGCAUGUCUAGAGAUUAUCUUCGAGGUCGACUAUUCCAGCCUUUUGCACAAGAAGAUCGACUAUCUCCAGGAACCGGCCUUGGCCUCAGCAUAAUCCGUCAAAUCAUUCUUUCACAAGGUGGCAAGAUUGACGUACAGAGUGUUCAGGACGAAGGCACACAAGUCACUGUCACGCUACCACUAGCUCAAGCAGCACCAGAAAUCAACGGCCCCACCCAGAUCGAAGACUCGUGCCUUGGUAAAGUCUACGAACAAACCAAAACAUUAUCAGCUUGCCUGAUUGGUGUCGAAAUUGGUGCAGAAACUAUCAAACCCAGGAAGCCUUCGGUCCCAUUUCAGAUUGAGAAUGAUGGCCCACAAGCUUUGAAGUCGUCCUUGCAGGAGAUGUGCAAAAACUGGUUCGGCCUUCGCUUGGAUACAAAGCAACAAACAGACCGUCCAAGUGACCUUUAUCUGGUUGUCGAGACUCCCUUCAAUACGGAUGAGCUCACUUCUGGAAAGCUGCUUGCAGAGAUUCCUAAAAUCAGUCCUGACCAGAGCGAACAGCUGCAACCUAUCGUCAUUGUACUCUGCAGGUCUGCAGCAUCAGCUUGUGCUUUGCAGCAUAUUGAUUCGCAAGGUCGUGUCGUUGAGUAUCUCUCUCAACCUUGUGGCCCUCGGAAACUCGCGAAGGCACUGAAUCUCUGCUUCGAACGUCGUACGGCUGGUAAAAAGUCUGUUCCAUCAUCUUCGACAGUUUCUACGCUACUUGAAGCACCCCCACUCGGGAAUGACGCUAUCAAUCAGUUCGGCUUUCCAUCCACGUCUUCUGUUGCGACAGACGCCACUGGCUACUAUGCAGAUAUGAGCGAUACAGAAUUUCCUUUGUCCCCCACAGAGAUACCAAUAUCUAUUGUCGUAAUGCCGGACCGUCCGCCGCCGACCGAACAAAGCUCGUCUGAUGUUACUGAAACUCCAGAACUUGAGGUGCACAAAGGACCAGGGCCUUUUCUGAUAGUCGACGAUAAUCACAUCAACGUAAAGAUCCUGGCGGCUUUUAUGAGAAAAUCCAAGUACUCGUAUAGAGUUGCAGAAGAUGGAGCCAUAGCAUUUGACGUCUACAAAGCCAACCCGGAGGCUUGCAGAAUCAUAUUCAUGGAUAUCUCAAUGCCUGUCAUGGACGGUCUGACGAGCACGCGGCUCAUCCGUGCGUACGAGCGCUUGCACAAACUCAAGCCUGCGAUUAUCAUCCUUCUUACCGGUCUUGCGAGCGCGAGCGUGCAGCAAGAAGCCAAUGCCAGUGGCGCAGACUUGUUCUUGACCAAGCCGGUUCGACUUAGGGAUCUGGGUAAGAUCCUUUUAGACAUGGGAAAGUGAUUCGAGUUUUUUGCGUGAUGGGAGUUAGCAUUUGAGGCGUACUUGUGGGCUGUAUUGGAGCGGCUUUUCUCUGAAGCAUAUCGGGCUCCGGAACGUAUACCCUGUUUUUCCCAAGAUCGUUUCAGGCGUUCCGGGGGUAAAUGAUGGCCGGUACGAGUCAACGUAUAUUCAUGAUGGAGCUGUUAGGCUCUUUGAGGAAUUCUACUUCACGUUCUGGUUUUAGGACACCAAUCUGAUUGUGUGCAUUUGCUGCUGGUUCUUUACUUUCGCUCGUAGAAGCGCUAUUGACGUUCCGUUCGGUCUGCUAGCUUCACUAGUCGUGACUACCCAGACCUCAUUAUCUGUUAGCACG